CAAUCCGAUCAUGACCCAUUACAAAACGGCGAACACAACAGUCUACGGCUGAAAAUAAAAGCUAAUGCUCUGAACUUUACAUUUUCUGUUUGUAUUUCGCUAGUGCCAUCUUUCUGGGGACUAGUUAACACUGCCUGGAACCUGUGCACGAUUGGGAAGAGACAGUCGCCAGUCAACAUCGAAACCAGUCGAAUGAUUUUUGACCCCUUCCUCAAUCCUCUACGACUCAAUGCAGGGCAACGGAAGGUCAGUGGAACGAUGUAUAACACGGGCCGACAUGUGUCCCUGCGCCCAGACAAGUCACACCUGGUGAACAUCUCUGGCGGGCCGCUGAGCUACAGCUACAGGCUGGAGGAGAUCCGGCUUCACUUUGGCGCUGAGGACGGUCGGGGCUCUGAGCACCUGCUCAACGGCCAGGCCUUCCCUGGAGAGGUGCAGCUCAUCCAUUAUAAUCAGGAUUUGUAUUUAAAUUACAGUGAUGCAGUCCGGAGUCCUAAUGGAAUAGCAGUGGUUUCUAUCUUCAUGAAGAUCUCAGAGCCUACAAAUGUAUUUCUAAACCGUAUGCUGAGCAGAGAGACCAUUACAAGGAUUACAUAUAAACAUGAUGCAUACUUACUGAUGGGGCUCGAUAUUGAGGAGCUGUAUCCCGAAACCUCCCGUUUUAUCACAUAUGAAGGGUCGAUAACUAUUCCACCGUGCCUUGAGACAGCAACCUGGAUAUUAAUGAAUAAGCCGAUUUACAUCUCACAGAUAGAGAUGCAGUCCCUUCGUCUCCUCAGCCAAAACCAGCCGUCUCAGAUCUUCCUCAGUAUGGGUGACAACAUGCGGCCCACGCAGCCACUCCACCAGCGCUGCAUCCGCACCAACAUCAACUUCAGUCAGAGACGGGACUGUCCUAACAACCGUGUGCUGAGGCUGCAAUACAGAGUGAAUGAAUGGCUUCUGAAAUAACAGCUUGACGUGGAUUAGUUACUACAGCAGUCUGGUAAUUGCUGAAGAAUAUGGCCUACAGACAGAACAAUGGGAUACACACACCGAGAUCAAGACAAAGGACUUAACUCUUCAGUAUAUAUAUGUGUGUAUAAAUAAUUACUUUUAUACAUGUUUAUAUGUUUAUAACACUAUAUAUCAAAUACGCUUUGAGUCAGACAGGACUGGUUCUCAUUGACACUGGCUCUUCAGCUCACUCUUGAGGUACUGUGUGCUCUUGUUUGCAUCUGAACAUCAGGUGCAAUCUAGCCUUGUUGCAGCGAAUGGAAAACUACCUUUGCUCAAUGCACGGGGAUUUUAACUUUACUUUGACAUGUGGCAAACAAAAGGAUUUCAAGCCUAUAUCUUGGACUAUCUGGAGCAUGUUGCCUUCUCUACAUAAGUGUUUACAGUGCUAAAUGAAUUGAGUGAUAUCUGGCCAAUAAAUAUUUGAAGUGGUCAUGGUGAAUGUUUCUCUUUACUUUUUAAUGAUGUUUUUGAAUCUUGAGUCACAAAGCUGCAAAGUUGAUGCCAAUGGAUUGCCAGUCAAAUUAAUGGAUAAUUCAGUCUGUUGAAUAUUGUUGAAUAACAUGUUGACAUCGUGCUCAAGCUUUGAGUCGGAUUAUAUGGAUUUACAAUAUUAAUAUUUAUUAGGGUGGUGAAUGUGUAAUAGAGUGUGUUACAGGAAAGGGACAAAUCUAGUCAGAUUUAGCAUCAAAAACUGCUAUAUUUUGUUGGAUUUAAUAAAAUAAUAAGCAUUUAAAUAUUUUCUUUUUUCAAAUGUCUCAAUAUUUAUACUUGUAUGGUUAUUAUAUAAUAUAAUCUUUUACAUCUUAAUGUAAAUUUGACCAUAAAUGUAUCAUCUAAAACACGGGAGCAUGGUAGAUUUAACAAUGAUUAUUUAUGCUAAAAAUGCAAAACAUUAAAAAAU